AUGGUGAAAUACCACUUCGAAACUUAUGCAAGAAUGAAACCCCUAGAAAAGUAAUCGCUAAUUAGCCCCGAAAACCCUAUUGGCUACAACAUUUACGUAGAAGCCAAAGUCCUGGAAAUUUUUGUACCAAAAAAUGAGUCAUUCGGCCAUGUAAAUAAUCAAAAAGAAGCAUUCCAAUUCAAAUUCACAGAAAUUUUAGACCAAGACUCUACCCAAGAAGAUGUGUUUGAAACAGUUGGCAAAGCCUUAUCAUUAAGCUGCAUGGAUGGCUACAAUGGCACAAUUUUCGCAUAUGGCCAAACUGGUAGUGGCAAAACAUACACAAUGUCAGGAUCUGACACUUGGCAGCUCCGUGGGCUGAUUCCUCGCAUUUUCACUUCAAUUUUCAACGAAGUAGAGCAAAGGACAAACCUUGACUACAACGUCUAUGUCACUUUUAUGGAAAUUUAUAAUGAAUGCGGUUAUGAUUUACUUGACCCUUCUCACGCUGAGCUGCCUAUGGAGAACUGGACUAAAAUCCAGCUCUAUGAAGAUUUAUAUGGAAAUCUCCAUUUGAAAAACCUUUCAAUCCACCAAGUCCGCAGUGAGCAGGAUGGGAUUGAUUUACUGAUGAUGGGAAAUUUCAUAAGGCACGUCAGUACAACACCUAUGAAUAUGGCAUCAUCGCGCUCUCACUGUAUCUUUACAAUUGCUUUUGAAAGCAGAGACCAUGAGUCAGAAAUCAUUAGGACGUCAAAACUUCAUCUGGUAGAUUUGGCUGGAAGUGAAAGGAUCUCAAAGUCUCAUAUAGAAGGAAAAAUACUUGAAGAAGCCAAACAUAUAAAUUUAUCGCUGACGUACUUGGAGCAGGUCAUUAUAGCGCUUCAUGAUAGGCAAAAAGAUACGAGGACACAUAUUCCUUAUAGAAACUCAUUGAUGACAACGAUAUUGAGAGACAGUUUAGGAGGGAACUGCAAAACGGUCCUUAUAGCUACUAUGAACUCAGAUGCAAACCAGCUAGAAGAAACUUUAAGCACUGCAAAAUUCGCUAAGAGGUGCUCGAAAUUAGUAGCAGAUGUCAGUGUCAAUGAACAAGUUGACAGUAAUUUGCUUAUACAAAGACUGAGACAAGAAAAUGCACAGCUGAAAAGACAGCUGGCAAACUCAAGUGAAGACAGCAGGCUUACAGAUUCGCCUUCUUUGACUUUGUCGGACUCUGAGCUGUGUAAAAAGCAAGUGGCAAUGUUUCUUGCGAACAAUUCACAGCCAAAGCUUAUUAUAUCGACUCUUCAGCAAACUUAUAGAUGCUUGCAGCUAUUUAAAGAAGCAAUUCUUAUCAAGGAAGAGCAUUACCAAGCUGAAAUUCAGCAGCUGCAGGACCAUAUUCAAGAGCUUAUGCAAAGACGUAUUAGAUAA